CGUGCAUACAGGGGGCUGUCUUUAAAUACCGGGGAACACCGCCUCCACAGCACCACUUCUGCUGAAAAGCUUCGCUCAGGAAGAGUAGACACAUUCCACUUCGUGUUUCAGCCUUUUUAACCGAACCCUGAAGAUGUCCACCAAGGAGAAGCUGAUCAGCCAUGUGAUGAAGGAGGAGCCUGUUGGCAGCAGGAACAAGGUGACGGUGGUCGGUGUCGGCAUGGUGGGCAUGGCCUCCGCCAUCAGCGUACUGCUCAAGGACCUGUGUGAUGAGCUGGCCCUGGUUGAUGUGAUGGAGGACAAGUUGAAGGGUGAGGUAAUGGACCUGCAGCAUGGAUCCCUCUUCCUGAAGACACACAAAAUUGUGGCCGACAAAGACUACAGUGUGACAGCCAAUUCCAAAGUGGUGGUGGUGACAGCUGGAGCCCGCCAGCAGGAGGGCGAGAGCCGUCUGAACCUGGUCCAGCGUAAUGUCAACAUCUUCAAGUUCAUCAUCCCAAACAUUGUCAAGUACAGCCCCAACUGCAUCCUGUUGGUAGUAUCCAACCCAGUGGACAUUCUGACCUAUGUGGCCUGGAAGCUGAGCGGUUUCCCUCGUCACCGCGUCAUUGGCUCCGGCACCAACCUGGACUCUGCCCGUUUCCGCCACCUCAUGGGAGAGAAACUCCAUCUCCACCCUUCAAGCUGCCAUGCCUGGAUCAUUGGAGAGCAUGGAGACUCCAGUGUGCCUGUGUGGAGCGGUGUGAACGUUGCUGGAGUUUCCCUGCAGGGCCUCAACCCACAGAUGGGUGCUGAAGGCGACAGUGAGAACUGGAAGGAUGUGCAUAAGAUGGUGGUCGAUGGAGCCUAUGAGGUCAUCAAGCUGAAGGGCUACACCUCCUGGGCCAUCGGCAUGUCUGUGGCUGACCUGGUGGAAAGCAUCACAAAGAACCUCCACAAAGUGCACCCAGUGUCCACAUUGGUCCAGGGCAUGCAUGGAGUGAAGGAUGAGGUGUUCCUGAGCGUCCCCUGUGUCUUGGGCAACAGCGGCCUGACAGAUGUGAUUCACAUGACGCUGAAGGCAGAUGAGGAGAAGCAGGUGCAAAAGAGCGCUGAGACCCUGUGGGGCGUACAGAAGGAGCUCACCCUGUGAAGAGCUGUCCUCUGAAUCCUCGCACUGAAACCACACCCAAUAGACCACAUUGUGUGGUCAACUCCCUCCUACUGUACCUCUUGUUUCCCUCGCGGUGAAGGGCGAAUGAAACCUGAUAUCUUAAAGGGUGUCUGUAGCUAAAGUAGCAGAAGCUAGAUGUUACCUUUUAGAUAUUCAAACAUGGGUGUAGUUUUCCUUUGCUGCCUCCUACAUGUCCUCCUCCCUCCAUGACUGAAUUCUCAGAAACACUUCUCCUACCUUUAGCCUUUGUGACCCGCCUGUGUUGGAGAGACAGUUGCUAUUUGUCCUGUUCACACAACAAAACUAAAGCCUUAGCAUAUGCAACAUACACAUAUACUCCAUGUACGGUAUUUUAGUGUGUCUAGUUGCUGCUUCUUCUGUACACUCCCUGUCUGUAAACCCUGUAUUUCAUGUGUUUGUUACCGGUUGUUUUUUUCCACUUGGUUAUCUCUGUCUAUUUGGAAUAUAAUGGAGACAUUCCAUUCUCUAUGAGGAGGGCUUCCUACCCACCGACAGCCAUAACAACACAGCUGCGUAUAUCACAAGGUUAAAAUCCUGUGAUACCAAAGUACCUUAUCAUUUGAGAAAAAGCAAUGCUGCGUCUACAGGUUGGCAUUGAAGCCUUUGUACACAUCCUAACCACAAGUGCACUGACAGAAACAAACCAUUUAGAAGUCAAGGUUUUAAAGAGCUUGGAAGACUCAACAGGUUACAAUUUUGAGAAUUAAAGCCGUGAAAUGUACUUUAAGAGAUUACAGAGAUCCAAUGUAAAAGAGUCAGCUAAAAUUAUAACCAAUCAGGUUAUCAGAAUAGAAGGUAACAAUCCUAAAGGUGUUACUUGUUUGCGCACCCUGAAAGGGUUUUGUAUUUAUUUUACUUCACCUGACUCUGGAAACAUCAAGAGAAUAAAAUAUAGUAUUAUUUAUAACUGUUAAUACUGUUGAGAUCUAUUUAUGUAUUAAUGUUAACAUUAGAUGAGGUCAAUUUAUCACCUGACUUACUAAAGAACUGUACAUGUCAUGGCAGCUGGAUGAUGAUUUUUAUUUGCUGUAACAUCAAAUAAAUCUGCCAGGAUAGUGAAAAAAAAACUGUUCUUUGUC